UUUUUUUUUUUUGGCCGGGUGGGGGGCGCGUGCGGGAGAAAAAGGGGGUUUGCAAAGGCAGCAUCUCAGGAUGAUAACCUGGUUGUAUUGAAGGCAUCUCUUUUUCUGCCAAAUCGCAAAGUCCGUUCUCUAAAACCCGGGUUAGCCAGACUAUAGGGUUUUAUUCUGGCUGCAGAAUAACUAACUGACUGCUGUGGCUUUGCAAAGGGGGGCAGAAAAAAAAAAGUUAAGAGAGGAGAAGGGAGUACGUGAGUCGUCCAGUGCAAUCUCUAUUGUUUGAAACUUACUUUUUAUCAGAAUUUGAAGAUGAAAACGCACAUAGGUAACCCUCCAAAAAAUCAUCCAGUUUGCUAAAUUAUGGAAAUUUUGUGGAAGACGUUGACCUGGAUUUUGAGCCUCAUCAUGGCUUCAUCGGAAUUUCAUAGUGACCACCGGCUCUCAUACAGUUCACAAGAGGAAUUCCUGACUUACCUAGAACACUACCAGCUAACUAUUCCAAUAAGGGUUGACCAAAAUGGAGCUUUCCUCAGCUUUACUGUGAAAAAUGAUAAACACUCGAGGAGAAGACGGAGUAUGGACCCUAUCGAUCCACAGCAGGCAGCAUCUAAGUUAUUUUUUAAACUUUCAGCCUAUGGCAAGCACUUUCACCUAAACUUGACUCUCAACACGGAUUUUGUGUCCAAACAUUUUACCGUAGAAUACUGGGGGAAAGAUGGGCCUCAGUGGAAACAUGAUUUUUUAGACAACUGUCACUACACAGGAUACUUGGAAGAUCAACAUAGUACAACCAAAGUGGCUUUAAGCAACUGUAUUGGGUUGCAUGGUGUUAUUGCAACAGAAGAUGAAGAAUAUUUUAUUGAACCAUUAAAGAAUACCACAGAGGAUUCCAAACAGUUUAGUUAUGAAAAUGGCCAUCCCCAUGUAAUUUACAAAAAGUCUACCCUUCAGCAACGGCAUAUGUAUGAUCACUCCCAUUGCGGGGUUUCUGAUCUCAUAGGUGGCAACCCUUGGUGGCUGAAUGACACAUCUCCCUUUCCUUCUGCACCACCAAUUAAUGGCACACACAGACAGAAGAGAUCAACAAGCACUGAGCGCUUUGUGGAGACAUUAGUCGUGGCAGACAAAAUGAUGGUGUCCUAUCAUGGCCGCAAAGACAUUGAACAUUACAUUUUGAGUGUAAUGAAUAUUGUUGCCAAACUUUACCGUGAUUCCAGCAUAGGAAACGUUGUGAAUAUUAUAGUGGUCCGCUUAAUUGUUCUCACGGAUGAUCAGCCAAACUUGGAGAUAAACCACCAUGCAGACAAGUCCCUCAAUAGCUUCUGUAAAUGGCAGAAAUCCAUUCUCUCCCACCAAACUGAUGGAAACAUCAUUCCAGAAAAUGGGAUUGCCCACCACGAUAAUGCGGUUCUUAUGACUAGAUAUGAUAUCUGCACUUAUAAAAAUAAGCCCUGUGGAACACUGGGCUUGGCCUCUGUGGCUGGAAUGUGUGAGCCUGAAAGGAGCUGCAGCAUUAAUGAAGACAUUGGCCUGGGUUCAGCUUUUACCAUUGCACAUGAGAUUGGUCACAAUUUUGGUAUGAACCAUGAUGGACUUGGAAAUCCUUGUGGGACGAAAGGUCAUGAAACAGCAAAACUUAUGGCAGCUCACAUUACUGCAAAUACCAAUCCUUUUUCCUGGUCUUCCUGCAGUCGAGACUAUAUCACCAGCUUUCUAGAUUCAGGCCGUGGCAAUUGCCUUAAUAAUGAGCCUCCCAAGCGUGAAUUUGUUUACCCAACUGUGGCCCCAGGUCAGGUGUACGAUGCUGAUGAGCAAUGUCGUUACCAGUAUGGACCAGGAUCCCGCCAAUGUAAAUUUGGGGAAGUGUGUAGAGAGCUCUGGUGUCUCAGCCAAAGCAACCGCUGUGUCACCAACAGUAUUCCUGCAGCGGAGGGAACAUUUUGUCAGACUGCGACUAUUGAAAAGGGGUGGUGCUAUCAGGGAGAAUGUGUUGCUUUUGGCACUUCGCCCCAGAGCGUAGAAGGGGGCUGGGGUGCCUGGUCACUGUGGGGAAAGUGCAGCAGGACCUGCGGGGGAGGCGUCUCCUCAUCUCUAAGACAGUGUGACAGUCCAGCACCUUCAGGAGAUGGAAACUACUGCCUUGGGGAAAGGAAACGGUACCGCUCCUGUAACACAGAUCCAUGUCCUUUGGGGGCCCGAGAUUUUCGAGAGAAACAGUGUGCAGACUUUGACAAUAUGCCUUUCCGUGGAAAUUAUUAUAACUGGAAACCCUUUACUGGAGGUGGAAUGAAACCUUGUGCAUUAAACUGCUUGGCUGAUGGCUACAACUUCUACACUGAACGUGCCCCCGCAGUGAUUGAUGGGACUCGGUGCAAUACGGAUUCACUGGAUAUCUGUAUCAACGGAGAAUGCAAGCAUGUAGGUUGUGAUAACAUUUUGGAAUCCAGUGUUAGGGAAGAUAAAUGUCGAGUCUGUGGAGGGGAUGGAAGCACAUGCGAUGCUGUUGAAGGGUUCUUCAAUGAGACGUCACCCAGAGGAGGAGGCUACCUGACAGUUGUGCAGAUACCAAGAGGUUCUGUUAAUAUUGAAGUCAGAGAAGUUGCCGUGUCACCUGCCUAUAUUGCUUUAAAAUCUGAAACAGAUGAAUACUAUCUUAAUUGUGGUUGGACUAUUGACUGGCCUAAGAAGUUUGAUGCUGCUGGGACAACUUUUCGCUACAAGAGACCAACUGAUGAACCAGAAUCCUUGGUAGCUCCAGGUCCCACCACGACAAAUCUCGUUGUCAUGGUUCUUUAUCAAGAUACGUAUGAGGGAAUUACGUAUAAGUUCAAUGUUCCUAUCACUCGGACUGGCAGUGGAGACAGUGAUAUUGGCUUUACCUGGAAUCAUCAGCCUUGGUCAGAAUGCUCCACUACUUGUGCUGGAGGUUUCCAAAAACAGGAGGUGGUCUGCAAAAGAGUGGAUGACAGCUCUAUUGUCCAGGACAAUUACUGUGACCCUGACACUAAGCCACCUGAAAAGCGAAGACGCUGCAAUAUUGAGCCCUGCUCACCUGAGUGGUUCAUUGGAGAUUGGUUGGAGUGUAGCAAGACUUGUGGCGGUGGAAUGCGUACAAGGGCAGUGCUCUGCGUCAGAAAGAUGGGACCUUCUGAGGAGAAGACACUGGACUCCAGCGCUUGCUUAACGCACCGGCCCGUUGAAAGAGAGUCCUGCAACAACCUGCCAUGUCCGCCUCAGUGGGUGGCUUUGGACUGGUCAGAGUGCACCCCCAAGUGUGGUUCAGGAUUCAAGCAUCGGAUUGUUCUGUGCAGAGCAGUGACCUUUUCUAAAAUGUCAACUGCAUACUGUCCACAGGAGAGCAAACCCUCUACCCGCAUGCGCUGCAGCUUGAGCCGCUGCCCUCCUGCUCGCUGGGUGACAGGAGACUGGGGCCAGUGUUCUGCUCAGUGUGGCCUUGGACAGCAAAUGCGGAUCGUGCAAUGUCUCUCCUACACUGGACAGGCAUCUAGUGACUGUCCGGAAACUGUGCGGCCUUCAUCGAUGCAGCAGUGUGAAAGCAAAUGUGACGGUACCCCUACUUCCAACACUGAAGAGUGCAAAGAUGUGAGCAAAGUGGCUUACUGCCCGUUGGUGUACAAGUUCCAGUUCUGCAAUCGAGCAUACUUCAGACAGAUAUGUUGUAAGACCUGCCAAGGACAGUGACCCACGGAAAGCCGGAGAGAGAGCCUUGUCAUUUCAUCCUGGAAACGUGUCCAUCACAGAGAGCCACCCGGAGGAAGAGGAUUGAUGUCCUUGCAGAUGCAUUACCCUGUGGAAAACGUAACCACUGGUCAGCCCUAGCUGACAGGAUUUCAAUAUUAUUUUAACUUCUGUGAAGUAGGAUUUAUUGAUCCAAAGUGCUGGACACAGUUUUAGGAGGGAAUGCCAGAUUGGAGAGAUCCAAACAACACAGGGAGACUUGCUUACUGUGGAACGUUUGUGUUCUUUCGAGUAAAUCCAAUAGCCUGUUUACCUCCUUGGACCAUUAAGAUAAUUUUUAUUAUAGACUUAGCAAUGACACUGAAUCCAUUUGUAUUUAAAACUGUUUAAAAAUGUAGCUGGUAUGAUUUGGUCAACUAUGGAAGUAAAGAAGAUUCAGAAAUCUUAAAUCAUAGCUUAAAAAAUAUUUACUAUACUUUAUCUCACUACAACAGCACCACCAUUUAAAUUCUAAACUGGGCUUUAACCUGUAAUUUAAGGAGCAAUUAUAAAUCAAGACUAA